GUCCUCAAGUAGUACUUACAUGUUCCCCCGUCCAUCCCAGUACAUAUCGCCUUCGUGUGUGGGACCUUCACCUCUGGUAGAUGCAGGUCGGCACACCAGUGGUUGUUGAUAGUUCUUCUUUCAGAGGUUGAGUGUCUCUGAUUGCACUAGUGAGCUCACAUCAUGGCCGGGAUCCGGCCCAUGUCCACCCGUUGGACCCUACUUUUGUCGCUGGUGAUCCUACUCGGAUGUCUCGUCAUUCCCGGAGUCACCGUGAAACACGAGAAUUUCAAGACCUGCUCUCAAUCGGGCUUCUGUAAGCGGAACAGAGCCCUCGCAGAUGAUGCUUCCGCCAAAGGAUCAUCCUGGAAUUCACCCUAUGAGCUCGAUUCGUCUUCGAUCCAGUUUAAGGACGGCCAAUUGCACGGAACGAUUCUCAAGUCUAUCUCCGCCAACGAGAAGGUCAAGCUACCCCUUGUUGUCUCCUUCCUCGAGUCCGGCGCUGCCCGAAUUGUUGUCGACGAGGAGAAGCGGUUGAACGGCGAUAUCCAACUUCGACACGACAGUCAAGCACGCAAGGAACGCUACAAUGAGGCAGAGAAAUGGGUCUUGGUUGGUGGCCUGGAGCCGAGCAAGACCGCGACCUUGAAACCCGAAACCGAAGCUGGCUUCACCAGAGUCCUGUACGGUCCGGACCACCAAUUCGAGGCCGUGAUUCGCCACGCUCCAUUCAGCGCAGACUUCAAGAGAGAUGGCCAGACCCAUGUUCAAUUGAACAACAAGGGGUACCUGAACAUGGAACAUUGGCGGCCCAAGGUAGAGGUCGAAGGUGACGGCGAGCAGCAAACCGAGGAAGACCAGAGUACUUGGUGGGAUGAAAGCUUUGGUGGAAACACGGACUCCAAGCCCAGGGGUCCGGAGAGUGUGGGUUUGGAUAUCACAUUCCCUGGCUACAGCCACGUUUUCGGAAUCCCAGAGCAUGCCGACUCCCUGUCUUUGAAGGAGACUAGGGGUGGCCCAGGCAAUCAUGAAGAGCCUUAUCGUUUGUACAAUGCUGAUGUGUUCGAGUAUGAGUUGAACAGCCCGAUGACCUUGUAUGGUGCGAUCCCGUUCAUGCAGGCGCAUCGCAAAGACUCCACCGUCGGUGUCUUUUGGCUCAAUGCUGCCGAAACCUGGGUGGACAUUGUCAAGUCUACUUCAUCCGUUAAUCCUCUUGCUCUGGGCGUGGGCGCCACGACGGACACCCAAAGCCAUUGGUUCUCGGAGUCCGGACAACUUGACGUGUUUGUUUUCCUCGGCCCCACGCCACAGGAGAUGAGCAAGACCUACGGCGAACUCACCGGCUACACCCAGCUGCCUCAACAUUUUGCCAUUGCUUACCACCAGUGUCGCUGGAACUACAUCACCGACGAGGACGUCAAGGAGGUCGAUCGCAACUUUGACAAGUACCAAAUCCCCUACGAUGUUAUCUGGCUCGACCUCGAGUACACCGAUGACAGAAAGUAUUUCACCUGGGAUCCUCUCACCUUCCCCGAUCCGAUCGGCAUGGAGGAGCAGCUUGACGACUCCGAACGCAAGCUCGUCGUUAUCAUCGACCCUCACAUCAAGAACCAGGAUAAGUACAGCAUCUCCAAGGAGAUGACGAGCAAGAACCUGGCCACGAGAAACAAGGACGGUGAGAUCUACGAUGGUUGGUGCUGGCCUGGCUCCUCUCACUGGAUCGAUUGCUUCAACCCAGAAGCCAUCAAAUGGUGGGUUAGCCUGUUCAAGUAUGACAAGUUCAAGGGAACGUUGGCCAAUGUCUUCAUCUGGAACGACAUGAACGAGCCGUCGGUCUUCAACGGCCCUGAAACCACGAUGCCCAAGGAUAACCUUCAUCAUGGCAACUGGGAGCACCGUGACAUUCACAAUGUUCACGGAAUUACCCUUGUCAAUGCUACCUAUGAGGCUCUUCUGGAGCGCAAGAAGGGCGAGGUUCGCCGGCCUUUCAUCUUGACGCGGUCCUACUACGCCGGUGCUCAACGGAUCUCUGCUACUUGGACGGGAGAUAACCAGGCCACCUGGGAACAUCUGGCCGCUUCGAUCCCUAUGGUUUUGAACAGCGGUAUUUCGGGAUACCCCUUUGCCGGUGCUGAUGUGGGUGGCUUCUUCCAGAACCCCAGCAAGGAGCUCCUGACGCGGUGGUACCAAACUGGUAUUUGGUACCCCUUCUUCCGCGCACACGCGCAUAUUGACACCCGCCGCCGCGAGCCAUAUUUGAUUGCUGAGCCACACCGGUCUAUCAUCGCCCAGGCCAUCCGCUUGAGGUACCAGCUUCUCCCCGUCUGGUACACUGCCUUCCACGAGGCUUCCGUGAACGGAACGCCGAUCGUGAGGCCGCAGUACUAUGUUUACCCCUCGGACGAGGCUGGCUUUGCUAUCGACGAUCAGCUUUACCUCGGCUCCAGUGGUCUUCUUGCUAAGCCUGUUGUCUCGGAGGUGGCCACGACCGCAGACAUUUACAUCGCUGAUGACGAAAAGUACUAUGACUAUUUCGACUACACCGUUUACCAGGGUGCUGGGAAGAGGCAUACCGUGCCUGCCCCCAUGGAGACUGUGCCCUUGUUGAUGCAGGGUGGCCACAUUAUUCCCCGCAAGGAUCGUCCCCGCCGUAGCAGCGGAUUGAUGAAGUGGGACCCUUACACUCUUGUCGUGGUCUUGGACAAGAACGGCCAAGCCGACGGCUCUCUCUAUGUGGAUGAUGGCGAAACGUUCGACUACGAGCUGGGAGCCUACAUCCAUCGCCGCUUCCAUUUCCAAGAGUCUGCCCUGGUCUCGGAGGACCUUGGAACCAAGGGUCCCAAGACGGCCGAGUAUCUGAAGACCAUGGCCAAUGUCCGUGUUGAGCGGGUGGUCAUUGUUGACCCUCCCAAGGAAUGGCAGCACAAGACCAGUGUGACUGUCAUUGAGGAUGGCACUGAGGCUGCCUCCACAGCCUCUAUGCAGUACCAUAGCCAGGCAGAUGGCAAGGCACCGUAUGCGGUGGUGAAGAACCCCAAUGUCGGCAUUGGGAAGACGUGGCGGAUUGAGUUCUAGAUUAGAGGCCUAUGUGGGCAGAGGAUCCAUACAUAUAUACACGAUAUGCAAAUUUCAGGCAUCAAUGGUACUUAUGACGUUUAGAGAUCUUCUCAUAUGG